GCGUGCGGGCGGCGGCAGCGGCGGCGGCGGCGGCGGGGGAUGAGAUGGCCAGCCCGCAGCAGGCCCCGCACCUCCACCUGGCCGAGCUCACCGCCUCCCAGUUCCUCGACGUCUGGCGGCACUUCGACGCGGACGGGAAUGGCUACAUCGAAGGCAAAGAGCUGGAGAAGUUCUUCCAGGAGCUGGAGAGCGCCAGGAAGGGAGCGGGAGUGGGCUCCAGGGGCGACAGCCUGGGCGAGAAGAUGAAGGAGUUCAUGCACAAGUACGACAAGAACGCGGACGGCAAGAUCGAGAUGGCAGAGCUGGCCCAGAUCCUGCCCACGGAGGAGAAUUUCCUGCUGUGUUUCCGCCAGCACGUGGGCUCCAGCUCGGAGUUCAUGGAGGCUUGGCGCAGGUACGACACAGACCGCAGCGGCUACAUCGAAGCCAACGAGCUGAAGGGCUUCUUGUCGGACCUGCUGAAGAAGGCGAACCGAGCGUAUGACGAGCCCAAGCUGCAGGAGUACACACAGACCAUCCUGCGGAUGUUCGACACGAACGGCGACGGCAAGCUGGGACUGUCCGAGAUGUCCCGACUUCUGCCUGUGCAAGAAAACUUCCUGCUGAAGUUUCAGGGGAUGAAGCUGUCCUCGGAGGAGUUCAAUGCCAUCUUCACCUUCUACGACAAGGAUGGAAGUGGCUUCAUCGACGAGCAGGAGCUGGAUGCGCUGCUGAAGGACCUCUACGAGAAGAACAAGAAGGAGAUGAGCAUCCAACAGCUCACCAGCUACAGGAGGAGCAUCAUGAACCUGGCUUCUGGGGGCAAACUCUACCGCAAGGAGCUGGAGAUUGUGCUCUGCAACGAGCCCCCCAUGUAGGGACCUCCCUCCCCACUCACAGCACCCCUUGCUCCUCCUCCUUCUCUUCCUCCUUCUCCUUCUCUUCCUCCUUCUCCUUCUCCUUCUUUCUCCUCCUUCUCUUUCCCCUCCUCUUUCUCCUUCUCUUUCUCCUCAUUCUCCUUCUUUCUCCUUCUCUUU